GUCAAAGGGGAAUGGAAGCAAUGUCGGGAUUUGCAUACCUCUUCUUCACUCUCUUCAGAUGUAGUUUCUUCCUCCACUUGCAUGCCCUCUUCCCCCCGGGCAGCAGUAAUUUGUGACAAGACAUAAAUAAGACGGUCUCGUCGAUCGGCAGCCUAUGCAACAUUACAAUCAGAUUACUUUUUGCCAUGUAUAAAGCACUUACUCGUUCACCGAAUAAUGUAAUAGGCUCGCCGAUCUCGCGAAGUCUUGCUUUGACUUUAUUGUCAUCUCAAUAGCUUGUUUUCCUGUCUUGCGCGUUCCGACCCCUGGUAGUUUCCAUCCUCGAGAAGAGUAUCGAAAGUGAGUUCCGACAUCGCGGCAGCAGGAGAAGGAGGAUAGACACAUAGGCGCUAAGGCGUCCCAUUAUUGACACGCGAGGUUCUCAAGUUUCAACUUACACGACAUUGUUCUCAUAACCUACCACCACCAUCCACCACCGACCAUGUCGGGCGUCCAGGACGUACGACAACGAAACAAGGGCAAGGGUAUCAAUAGAGACGCAUCUGGCCCGAGUUCUGCUGUUGAUUAUGACGAUCACAAUGUUGCUUACCUGCCCAGCCGCAGUUAUAUUGAAUCAUUCCUGAAUACCGAGGAAGCAAGCGCAGCUGUCGUUGCAAUACUCACGAUCAUCGCUUUCUUCACUCGCUUCUACAAAAUCAACCAUCCCGACCAAGUAGUGUUCGAUGAAGUACACUUUGGCAAAUUCGCCUCAUACUACAUCAGGCGAGAAUACUACUUCGACGUACAUCCUCCUCUUGCCAAGCUUCUCUUUGGUCUCGCUGGCUGGUUUGUUGGCUAUGACGGACACUUUGACUUUGAGAACAUCGGCGACAGCUACACAGAAAACCAUGUCCCCUACGUUGGACUGCGCGCCUUGCCUGCUAUUCUUGGAAGCCUUACGGUUCCCAUCGUCUAUGCCAUCAUGAAGGAAUGCGGCUAUUCAACCAUUAUUGCGGCCUUUUCAGCUAUCAUUAUCUUGUUCGAUAACGCUCAUGUCGCUCAAUCUCGUCUGAUUCUCCUGGACGCAACAUUAAUAUUUUUCUUGUCGCUAACAAUGUAUUCGUAUGUCCGGUUCAAAAAGCUCCGCUAUCAGGAAUUCUCCCCACAAUGGUGGGGUUGGCUGCUUGCAACGGGAACCUUCAUGGCUUGCACUUGGGCGUCCAAAGUGAACGGUAUUUUGACUGUCGUUGCCGUUGGUGUGGCAGUCCUCAUCGACCUCUGGGACAUCUUGGAUUAUAAAAAGGGACAUAGCAUGCAAUACUUUUGGAAGCAUUUCAUCGCCAGAGCAGCUGGACUGAUUGCGCUGCCUCUUGUCAUUUACUUAUCUGUCUUCUGGGUUCAUCUCGCGAUACUCUCGAACACCGGUCCUGGUGAUGCUUUCAUGAGCCCAUCUUUCCAAGAAACACUUCGAGGAAACGAGUUACUUAUGAAGAGUCAUGAGAUUCGCUACUAUGAUACCGUCACUAUUAAGCACAAGGAUACCCAAGUAUACCUUCACUCUCAUCCUGAACGGUACCCUCUCAAGUAUGACGACGGUCGUAUUAGUUCCCAAGGUCAACAGGUCACUGGUUAUGGUCACGAAGAUUCUAACAAUCAAUGGCAAAUCAUUCCCACCAAGGCUCUUCCUGAAACUGGUCGGGGACGUAUUGUGCGACACGAAGAUGUUAUACAACUUCUUCACGUAAACACCGGAACCGUUCUCAUGACCCAUGAUGUGGCUUCGCCUCUCAUGGCUACCAAUGAGGAAUUCACGACUUGGCCUAAAGAUGACCACUCGCGCUACAAUGAUACGCUUUUCCAUUUGCGACUCUCUGACGCGGCUCCCGGUGAAGCGUGGAAGAGCAAGUCUGGACAUUUCAGGUUAAUUCAUGUGCCCACUAAAGUUGCAAUGUGGUCACACCCUACACAACUCCCGGAUUGGGCCUUCAAGCAACAGGAGAUCAACGGUAACAAGAAUGCCAACGAGAAGGGAGCGGUUUGGUAUGUCAAUGAGAUCGUCGACUCUCAAGAUCCGGACUUGAAAGCCAAACUCGAGGAGGUUGAGAUGAAGGAACCCAAGCGUUUGAAUUUCUUCAAGAAAUUCGGCGAACUACAACUCCUCAUGUUGCAGCACAAUGCUGGAUUGACUGCUUCACAUCCGUAUGCGAGUGGCCCCAUCAAUUGGCCGUUCUUGUUGAGCGGGAUCAGCUUCUGGACUCAGAAUGAAGGUCAGAAGCAGAUCUAUCUCAUCGGCAACAUUAUCGGCUGGUGGGCAUCCGUCGGUGGCAUAUGCAUUUAUAUUGGCAUUCUUGGUGCGGAUUUGCUUGCACGGAGGAGAGGAUUGGAGCCCAUUCCUGACGACGUCCGCAAUCGUCUCUGGAACUCCACAGGGUUCUUCAUUAUCGUAUGGGCCGUACAUUACUUCCCAUUCUACCUGAUGAGCCGUCAGCUCUUCAUUCACCAUUACCUACCUUCGCAUGUGGCGUCUGCGCUCGUGGCAGGCUCCGUGUUGAGCUUCGUCUUGUCUGAAACAAUCAACACACCAGUCUCCGCGUGGGGACCUUCAGUAAAGCCAAGGCCAACGACCUAUGCAGACCAUGGUGUAAAGGCACCAGUCAUGGUGGCUGUUUUCGCCAUCGCAAUGUUUUCAUUGUAUCUUUUCAUUUCUCCUCUUACAUACGGAACACCAGGGUAUGUUCAUUCUUUCCAGUCGUCUUUGCGAACAAUGCUUACUCACCUUCUUACCGUUUCGUGUAGGCUCACAGGAGAGCAAGUCAACGCGCGCAGACUCUUGUCGAGCUGGACUCUACACUUCGCAGCGAAGGAAUCGGGCAACAUCUAGGAGAUGGGUGUGGACCUAUAGGUUGUGUCUUUCCGUUAGACUUCGCUAUGCUACGCAUUGUGCUCUGUAAAACUAUACCAAAAUGUCUGGAGGCUAUGACUUGUAUUUAUUCAGCUCACUUCUCUCCGUUUGAGAUUGCCCACGAGUUUAUGAUUGAGUUUGCAACUGCACGUU